GCGGGGCGGCUGCACCGAGCGGGGGAGCGAGGUCGCCUCCAGCCUUCUCCGCCCAGCCCGGCCCGGGUCCCCGCCCCUCGCGCCGACUGAUAAGGCUCCGAGAAGCUCGGGCGCCCACCCUGGCGAGCUAACCGGGCAGCCGCCGUUCCGCCCCAGCCUCAGGCUCUUAACUUUGGAGCACUUUUUGCCUGCUCCUUCUUCCAGGUCCAGGGAGGAGCCGCGGAGGCCGGGGCCCACGUCGCCCUGCAGUCAGCGCCGUCGUCGCCCGAGGACGCGCCGUGCCCGGGUCCUGCCCGAACCGGGCUGUCUAUGUGCAGUCGUGCGUGCGGGCUGCGGGAAGCCGGCCGUCUCGCUCGGCUCAGCUCUCGUAGGGAACCUCACGCUGGAGAGCCAGACGGAGUGGAAGAACCUUUCUUGGAGCUUUUCCCGGGGACAUCCUGAGAUCAUUCAUUAUGAAGUGUACUGCGCGGGAGUGGCUCAGAGUAACCACAGUGCUAUUCAUGGCCAGAGCAAUUCCAGCCAUGGUGGUUCCUAAUGCCACUUUAUUGGACAAACUUUUGGAAAAGUACAUGGAUGAAGAUGGUGAGUGGUGGAUGGCAAAGCAAAGAGGGAGAAGGGCCAUCACUGACAAUGACAUGCAGAGUAUCCUGGACCUUCAUAAUAAGUUACGAAGUCAGGUGUAUCCAGCAGCCUCUAAUAUGGAGUAUAUGACAUGGGAUGUAGAACUGGAAAGAUCUGCAGAAUCCUGGGCUGAAAAUUGUUUGUGGGAACAUGGACCUGCAAGCAUGCUUCCAUCAAUUGGACAGAAUUUGGGAGCACAUUGGGGAAGAUAUAGGCCCCCAACAUUUCAUGUACAAGCAUGGUAUGAUGAAGUCAGAGACUUUAGCUACCCAUAUGAACAUGAAUGCAACCCGUAUUGUCCAUUCAGAUGUUCUGGUCCUGUAUGUACUCAUUAUACACAGGUGGUGUGGGCAACAAGUAGCAGAAUAGGCUGUGCCAUUAAUUUGUGCCAUAACAUGAACAUCUGGGGGCAGAUAUGGCCCAAAGCUGUCUACUUGGUGUGCAAUUAUUCCCCAAAGGGAAACUGGUGGGGCCACGCCCCCUACAAACAUGGCCGGCCCUGUUCUGCUUGCCCACCUAGUUUUGGAGGAGGCUGUAGAGAAAAUCUGUGCUACAAAGAAGGAUCAGAUAGCUAUUACCCUCCUCAAGAAGAAGAAACAAAUGAAAUUGAACGGCAACAAUCACAAGUCCAUGACACCCACAUCCGGACAAUAGCAGAUGAUAGUAACAGAAACGAAGUCAUAAGCACACAGCAAAUGUCUCAAAUUGUUUCUUGCGAAAUAAGAUUAAGAGACCAGUGCAAAGGCACAACCUGCAAUAGAUAUGAAUGCCCUGCUGGCUGUUUGGAUAGUAAAGCUAAAGUUAUUGGCAGUGUACAUUAUGAAAUGCAAUCCAGCAUCUGUAGAGCUGCAAUUCAUUAUGGUAUAAUAGACAAUGAUGGUGGUUGGGUGGAUAUCACUAGACAAGGAAGAAAACAUUAUUUCAUCAAAUCCAAUAGAAAUGGUGUUCAAACAAUUGGCAAGUAUCAGUCUGCUAAUUCCUUCACAGUCUCUAAAGUAACAGUUCAGGCGGUCACUUGUGAAACAACUGUGGAACAGCUCUGUCCUUUUCAUAAGCCUGCUUCACAUUGCCCAAGAGUAUACUGUCCUCGGAACUGUAUGCAGGCAAAUCCACAUUAUGCUCGUGUAAUUGGAACUCGAAUUUAUUCUGAUCUGUCCAGUAUCUGCAGAGCAGCUGUACAUGCUGGCGUGGUUCAAAAUCACGGGGGUUAUGUUGACGUGAUGCCUGUGGACAAAAGAAAGACUUACAUUGCUUCUUUUCAGAAUGGAAUCUUCUCAGAAAGUUUACAGAAUCCUCCAGGAGGAAAGGCAUUCAGAGUAUUUGCUGUUGUGUGAAAUGGAACACUUGGAGGAGGAACACUAUUCCAAAUGCCAUAUUUCUGAAGUUUGUAUAAAACUGUAACAUUACUGUACAGAAGAUAUCAACUAUUUUCAACCCCCCAUGAGUGUCAAAUGCAUAUAAAUUGUGAUAGACUACGUCUAUAAAAUAAAACAUGGGACAUUAUUAGUGUAGGGAAAAGUAAUGAAUAUGUAAUGGUUUUAGAAAUCCUGUGUUAAAUAUUGCUAUAUUUUCUUAGCAGUUAUUUCUACAGUAUUACAUAGUCAUAAUUGUUCUACAUUUCAUAUGUUAUAUUAUAUGGUGCUUUGUAUAUGCCACUAGUAAAAUGAAACUAAACAGUGAAUGUGAAUGUUCCUCAGAAAAUCAUCUGGUGCAUUUAAAAACAAUAAUAAAAAUAGUAACUCUAAAAAUGAAAAAAACACAUACUGCAUUUUCCCAAGUUCAGUGCUAUGAUUACCUACUCCGUAUAAUAUCAAAUUAUUUCCCACAUAAUACCUGUAUAGUUUUUUAUUAAGUUUAGGCAUAUAGAAUAUUAAGUCCUGAUAUUGCACUUAUGUUGUAUAAAAUAAUUCCUUAAUAUCCAAGUGAAUCUGUUAAAAUGUUUGAUUUCUUGGGAACGGUCUUAAUAGUAAGUGGAAUUACGUCAGAGUAGUGGUACGAAAACAGUUCUAGUGGUCAUAUAAUAAAUAUAGGAUUAAGCAUGGGCAACCAGAGCUUUCUAUGUAUUGUUCAAACUGAGGUCACACAUUUAUAUUGUAUCCUGGCAAAUACUCCUGCGGGCCAGGAAGUAUAAUAGCAAAAAGUUUAACAAACAUAAACUGAUGUAUUGCAUCACCAUUGCCACUGAUUUUCUUAAUGGUAAAUGGCCUUGUGUAUAAAUGUUGCCAUAUUAUGGUAUCUAUAAUGGUGAUAUAUUUGUUUGUAUGAAAAAUGUAUUGUGCUUUAAGACUAAAAAACUGUAAAAUGUUAAUUUUGGUAAUUUUUUUUCUGCUGGUGAAUUUACU